ACGAUCGAUUGAUCCGUCCAUUAAGGCGCGAGGGCGAGGAGCGCCGGCUCCGCCGGGGCCCCAGCCUCUCAUUUCCAAACCGCGGGCGGAGGGGAACCCCGGGGGACCUGACGUCAGUUCUGAGCAGAACAAUGGUCGGGCACGCGGCGGCCAGAGGGGGACAGGACAGGAACAGGACGCCGGGCAACGUGACCUGACGGAAAAGCCAUCCCGCCAGGCCCGUGCGCUCCCCCCGCCAGGGCACCUGCCCGGCCGCGGUGCUGUACGCGUCCCGGCGAGGUGCUGAGGGGAUGCUGCGGGGUUAAAAGCACAGGGCUCUGCAGGCUGAGGACGGACAGCGCUCGCCACAGGUGUGGGUGACGUGGAUGUCAGCCCCAGCACCGACACCGCUCGCAGAGGAGCUGCGUUAGCACAGCAGUGAGGGAGGAGGUUGCUGGGCAAUGCCAGGAAGCGUCCGAGUCCCGCGGGGACUUCUCAUCCCCAAAGGCAGAGGCUGAGCCUCCCCCGAGCCGUGCCGGGGAGGAGAAGCCCCCCGGCCCCACAGCACCACGCAGCGAGCUCCCGGAGGCUCCCGGGGGCCCCUGUCCUGGGACCCCCUCCUGGGGGGCCACGAGCUCCCGGAGGCUGCGUCCCUGGCACGGGGAUGCCGGUCGCUCCCUCCCACGGCUUCCCCUUUUCUCAGAAAGCCUGGAAACCAAAGGUGAAAGAAGUGGGUGGAAACCCUGCACGCCGCCGUCCAGGAAGAGAAGUGAGGUGUGGGACCAGAGCAACCGCUGCAGUGAGAGGCGGGGGGGGACGCACACACCGAGAGAUCCUUCUUCAGGAGAAAGCAUCGAAAUGAGGAGCAACCAUGGAUUGGCCCCAGCAGAGAUGCAGCAGGUGUUGGGGGAAGACGUCCCAUCUGAAAUGGAGGUGAUCCGGGGAGCUGACCGCCGACCACACCGACAUGGGGUUGCGACUGUCGGCUUGUCUCUUCCGUUUGCCCACCGCAGUGAUCUACGGGUCCUUGUCGCUGUUCGUCUCCAUUUUGCACAACGUGUUUCUCCUCUACUACGUGGACACCUUUGUCUCUGUUUACAAGAUUGAUAAACUAUCCUUUUGGAUAGGAGAGACGGUGUUUCUGAUCUGGAACAGCCUCAAUGACCCUCUGUUUGGCUGGCUGAGCGACCGGGUGUUCCUUAGCACGCAGCAGCCAGGAGCAGAGAUUUCCUCCCCGGAAGUAGUUCUGAAGAGGCUCAGAGCACUAAGCCACAAUGGCCCUCUCUUUGCCAUCUCUUUCCUGGCUUUCUGGGUCGCCUGGGCUCAUCCUGGCGUGCAGUUCCUUCUCUGCCUUUGCAUGUACGACAGCUUUCUCACCAUGGUCGACCUCCAUCACAACGCCUUGCUCGCAGACCUGGCUGUUUCGGCAAAAGACAGGACGAGCCUCAACUUCUGCUGCUCUCUCUUCAGUGCCAUAGGCUCGCUCUCUGUCUUCAUGUCGUACACAGUGUGGAACAAGGAAGACUUCUUUUCCUUUCGCAUAUUUUGCGUCGUGCUGGCCCUCUGCUCCAUCGUUGGUUUUACCCUGGCCACACAGCUGCUCCGCCAGCGAUUUGAGGCUGAUGGGAAAGCGAAAUGGGACCAGGAAUCAACCCUAAAACAGCUGUACAUCGAGAAACUCUCCGUCCCCCAGGAGAAGAGGAUCACCCUGGCAGAAUACCUCCAGCAGCUCACGCGGCAUCGCAACUUCCUCUGGUUUGUCUGCAUGAACCUGGUCCAGGUUUUUCACUGCCACUUUAACAGCAACUUCUUCCCCCUAUUCCUGGAGCACCUGCUGUCAGACCAGAUCUCUGUCUCUACUGGAUCCUUCCUCCUCGGUGUUUCCUACAUUGCCCCCCACCUCAACAACCUCUACUUCCUGUCCCUCUGCCGCCGCUGUGGGGUUUACGCUGUGGUCCGAGGACUCUUCUUCCUGAAGCUGGCUCUCAGCGUCGUCAUGCUCCUGGCAGGACCUGAUCAGGUCUAUCUGCUCUGCAUCUUCAUAGCCAGCAACCGCGUGUUCACAGAAGGGACCUGUAAGCUGCUCAACCUGGUGGUCACCGACCUGGUGGACGAGGACCUAGUCCUGAACCGCAGGAAGCAGGCGGCCUCGGCGCUGCUCUUUGGGAUGGUCGCUCUGGUCACCAAGCCAGGACAGACGUUCGCCCCCCUCAUAGGCACCUGGCUGCUCUGUGCCUACACCGGCUACGACAUCUUCCAGCGCAACCCCUUGGGCAACGUGGUGAGCGCCCAGCCGAAGCUGGAGUCUGACGCCGCCUUGGAGCCGACUCUUCGCCAGGGCUGCUUUUACCUCCUCGUCUUCGUGCCCAUCGCGUGCGCGCUGCUGCAGCUCCUCACCUGGUCGCAGUUCAGCCUGCACGGGAAGCGCCUGCAGAUGGUGAAGGCUCAGCGCCAGGGCCUGAUGCAGGGUGAAGCGCCAGACGUGAAAAUGAUCUAGGGCUGUCUGAGCCCCUGGGGCCGUCCUGGUUGCAGGCUGGGGCAGGACUGCAGGCAAGGUGAGGGGACUGCUGACUGAGCAGACCCUGCAUUUACAAUUCAGCUGUGAAAUGGUGUAAGGCCAGUGCUUGCUCAUUCCAGGAGGGGCUGCUGGGGAAGGCAGAGAAGUGCUCAGCACGCAGCGGGCCGGGGAUAAGUGGCUUUGACACAGGAGCAAGAGCAUUUUAACCUAGCUGGUCCCAGGGGGCUGCUAAUUUCAGGGCAGGAGGAGCUGGGGUGCAACGUGUGCUGGAGACAUACACAUCCCUGGUGGGCAGAGCAGGGCAGGGAGCACACAGGAGCCUUUCCUUGCUCUUGAGGGACCCGGUGACCAAGGAGGGGAGAUUUCAGGACAGCAGAAGGGAUGGGAGGACCCUGAAGGCCUUGCCAGUAGCUGGUACCCCCUCUCCCACAUACAGUGCUGUGUGAACCUGCCCUGGUGGCUGGGGCUGUGAGGUGCAGGUCAGGGAAGCAUCCCUGUGACCCAGGGGAUUGUCAUGCCCCUCUUCCAGGGCUGACCCUGGUGCCUUGCCUUUUUGCAGAGGGGAUAGCGCAGCCGGGAGGAGACAGCAGCUCUUGCUUUUGUGCCUUUGAUUUCACUCGGGAGCCCGUUUGACACAAUGCUGGGUAGUCACAGGGGUGAGAUUUUACCUCUGGGGGGAAGGACAGACACCACAGCUCCUCUCUGCUUGAAACAGUGCCCCAGAGGUCAAUUGUCCACCUGGCUGCUGAGCCACGGAUCCAAGGGGGAAGGACAGGGCAGGUGGUCACCAAAAGUCCCCAGGGUGAGGGAGUGUCUCCUGCAACCCCCUAGGGUGAGUGUGGUGCCAAAGCAGGCUGGGUGGGGGCCAGCAGUGCUCUGCCCUGUGCCCUCCCGCAGGACAAGGUGUGCUCGCUCACAUACGUGCUGUUCUUCACUUAGUUGCCUCCCCAGCCUCAGUACCAGGCUCCUUCUGGGGUUGCAGCCCACAGAUCUGCCAUUUUGCCUCAGGACACAGCUGCCUCCCGUCUCGGACCAAGGUGUUUCUGCCACGGGGCUUCUGUAGUUCUCAAUAGUUCAAUCAUAACUUAUUUGUGCAGAUUUUAACAAAGUUUGAUUCUUCAUUUCAUAAAUUAAAGAUCUUUUCUGUA